AAGCACUUUUAUGCACAAUAAAUAUGACUAUAUUUCCAAUAUUAUUUGCUUUUAAAACAAUUUACAAGUAUCAUUCUUCGUCAUCCUAACAUAUCAACAUAUCGAUAACAACCAAAUUAAACAUCGAUCCACUACUUGCUAUCCUACAUCUCGAACAAUUCAAAAAGCCUAGAUAACAUCAUGAAUUCUUCUUUGUUAUUUUUCUUCUCUUGGCAAAGUUUCUCCUUGGUCGAAAUCGGAAUGCUAGAGAUCUUACUCGCCAUAGUAGCCUUCAUUACCAUAAAUUCUCUAAGACAAAAGAAGUAUCAAGUAUUACCUACAUGGCCAUUCGUAGGAAUGCUCCCUUCCUUAAUGAUAGCCAUUAAUCACAAUCACAAUGUCUACGAAUGGUUUACAGAAAUCCUUUGCCGUCGUCGUCAGAAUGGAACAUUUAAGUUCAAAGGCCCUCAACUCAGCAACAUCGACUCUGUCAUAACAACCAACCCUCGCAACAUCGAACACAUACUCAAGACAAACUUCUUAAACUUCCCAAAGGGUGGUUGUUAUCGAACCAUCAUGGAAGACUUACUUGGAGAUGGAAUCUUUAACGCAGAUCACCACAUGUGGCAACAUCAGAGGAAGAUGGUAAUCACUGAGUUCCACUCCCUCCGUUUUCGCCAGCUAACGGAGAAAUCAUUGAUUGAGUUGGUCCAUAACAGACUCUUUCCAGUUCUCGAGGAAUCGUUAAAGACGGCCACCCCAAUUGACUUACAAGAUGUUCUACUUCGAUUGACAUUUGACAAUGUCUGUAUGAUGGCACUUGGGGUUGAUCCUGGUUGUCUUGCCCUAGGACUACCGUACAUACCUUUUGCCGGCGCAUUUGAGCAAGCAACCGAAUCGAUCCUUCUUCGAUUCUUUUUUCCCACAUCGAUAUGGAAAAUAAUGAGAUAUCUCAACCUCGGUUCGGAGAGGAAGCUUAAGGAAUCGAUUAAAGGGGUUAAUCAAUUCGCUGAUCAAGUCAUUAGUAUGCGGAAACAGGAAAUGGAAUAUACAAACUUGAAAGAUAGAUCUGAUUUAUUAGCUGUGUUAAUGAGGUUUACCGAUGAGACCACCGGAGAGCCGUUUUCGGAUAAGUUUCUAAGAGAUAUUUGUGUUAAUCUUAUACUUGCUGGAAGAGAUACCUCAUCAGUGGCCUUAAGCUGGUUUUUUUGGCUACUUGAUCAGCAUAGCGAGGUGGAGAACAAGAUUUUGGAAGAAGUUUCUAGAAUUAUUAGGGAAAGAGAAACUGUUAAAGAUCCGGAGAUAUUCCAACCAGAAGAGAUUAAAAAGAUGGAAUACUUACAUGCUGCUAUUUCAGAGUCUCUAAGGCUCUACCCUUCAGUGCCCCUCGAUCAAAAAGAGGUUAUGGAAGAAGAUGUAUUUCCUGAUGGAACAUUGCUAAAGAAAGGAACAAGAGUAGUGUAUUCAAUCUACUCAAUGGGAAGAAUGGAAGCUAUUUGGGGAAAGGAUUGUAGGGAGUACAAACCAGAGAGGUGGCUUAUUGAUGGUAAAUUCAUGAAUGAAUCGGCUUAUAAGUUCACCGCUUUCAAUGGCGGACCUCGACUGUGUUUAGGGAAGGAAUUUGCUUAUUAUCAAAUGAAGUUUACUGCUGCCUCUAUCAUCUAUCGAUAUCGUGUAAAUGUGGUGCGAAAUCAUAUUGUUGAACCAAAGCUAGCAUUGACUAUGUACAUGAAGCAUGGGUUACAAGUAAAUCCCAUACGCCGGCAAUUAGUACAUAUCUAAUCUUGAAUGAUGGAUAGAUAGCGCAAGUUUCAUUUAAUUUCCUUAUAUAUUACUCCCAUUCCUGCAUUGUUUCUAUGUUACUCAUAUUGUCAUGUUAUAAUUGUAAUUAAUCAAUUGAUGCGUUAGUGUGUCUUUGGUGGACCUUGUAGAUUGUAAAGAGUAAUUUAUUUAAUGAGCCUAAUAGAGCUUAGUUCUCACUGAUCAGAAGCAACACUCAAGCCUGUUUCGAUCACUUGUUUUUAUUGUUCUUUUAACACCAUGUAUUGUCGUGUUCUU